UCACUCGGCAACACUGCUGCGAAUCUAACCUCAAACCUCACUUACGUAAGGGGCGCCCUAAAGUUCUGCUGGAAAGCUCUUAUACAAUAAGUUUUUCGCAAAAAUGUCGGUCGGUUUUGUGCAAAGACGUUUUGCCUCCGCCUUUCAGCGAUUCGCAUACAACCUAUCCGGUUUCAACAAAUACGGACUAUGGAGGGAUGAUUUACGGUACCAAGAUGAUGAUGUUGCCGAAGCUCUGAAACGGCUAGACCAGAAAACUAUUGAUGAGCGCAAUUACCGGAUUCUGAGGGCUGUCCAGUGUUCGAUCCAGAAAACUUAUCUGCCCAAGGAACAGUGGACAAAAUUGGAGGACGACAAGCUCUAUCUCACCCCUAUAAUUGAGGAUGUUGUCAAGGAGAAGCGUGAAAAGAAGGAGUGGAGCAAAAAUUACUAAGAUUGAUUUAUUUCAUUUGCCUGUAGCAACGGUACAAUAGGUUUGUGUAAUUUGAAUCAACCCAAGAAGUAGACUUUGACCUUUUCUUGUAGUUACUGCUAACUUAAGUUAAUAAAACGUAACUGAUAUAA